AUGACAAACAGUACAACUUUAUCAUCAUUAUCAGCAACUCCAAACGUGUCGUCUUACAUGUUUCCUGUACGGAACUUUUUGUUGAAACAGCUAACCUCGAUGAAUGAUAUGCAAUAUUUGGAUUUCAAUGAACGGUUACCAUCUAGCACAUCUGUACCACAGUUUGCAUUUCAUGCACAUUUAAAUAUGCAUAGUGACUCGCGAUUCGAUUUAACCGCUAGCCGUCCCGGCAGUAAUGGUAAUCUCAAAUGUUCUGUACAGCUCCGGUCGCAGCAGACGCGACGGAAACCCCGCGUUUUGUUUACCCAGUCUCAGGUGAAUGAACUGGAAGAGCGUUUCAAAUUGCAGCGAUAUGUGAAUGCAGCAGAACGGGAUAGAUUAGCAGUGACGCUGGGUCUUACUUCCACCCAAGUCAAAAUUUGGUUCCAAAAUCGUCGCUACAAAUGUAAACGGAUAGAACUGGACCGAUCAUUACAACUUUCAUCUCAACUGAUUCUAAGUCAAAGUUCUCCUGUUUUUAUAAGUUCAGUACAAUCAACUGUACUUUGA